GAGAGUUUCCUGACGCAGAAGUAGUCUGCCAUCGGAUCUCAGCGGUUAACGUUGUAUCAUUUUCAUUAUCAACCGCGAGACAAAAAACAUUAUUAAACGCGAUAACGACUUGUUCGCAUAAACAAGAGAAAAGAUUUCGCUUACAAUUGAAUCAUUUUAUACGGUGCCUAUCAGUUCAGUGCAAUAGUCGCAAACAUGGUGUACGUGAUCGUGUUGUCGCUGAUAGUGGGCGCUCUGGGGCUCUAUUAUUUAUUGUUUAAGAACAUGAGCCUCUUCAAGAAGCAUGGAAUACCGCACCUAAUGCCGCUUCCCUUAAUUGGGAACAUGGGACCAUCCCUCAUUCGUCGCCAAGCGGUAGCUGAACUUGUCAAAUCGACGUACGACGUAAAUCCUGAUGCCAAGUACGUCGGCAUGUAUGACUUCACCAGACCACUCGUAAUGAUUCGUGAUCCUGAGCUUAUUAAACUCAUCACGUUAAAACAUUUCGACACGUUCAUGGAUCAUCGCGCUUUUGUUGAUGAAACUCAGGAUAUCCUAUUCGGCAAGAGCCUCUUCUCCCUUCGCGGAGACAGAUGGCGACAAGUUCGAGCUUUACUGACCCCAGCUUUCACGUCAAGCAAGAUGAAAGGUAUGUUCAAGCUGAUGUCGGAUUGCGGCGCCGACUUCGGCACUUACAUGGCCCAAAUGCCACCGGAGAAGAGAAUGAUGGAAAUGAAAGACGCGUUCACCAGAUACACCAGUGAUGUAAUCGCUACUUGCGCCUUCGGCGUUACUGUUGAUUCGAUGAGAAAUCCAACCAACGAAUUCUACGUAUAUGGCAGAGAAGCGACCGCUUUCAACAGCAUCAUGUUUCUGAAGUUCUUUAUAUUCAGGAGUUUGCCUUGGCUGGCACGAAUAAUCGGACUGAAAUUUGUCCGCAAACAAGUAAUGAAUUUCUUCCACGAUCUCGUCGACACCACCAUAAAAACUAGAGAUGAGAAGGGUAUCGUCCGACCGGAUAUGCUGCAGUUGAUGAUGGAGAACAGAGGCAAAGAAGGUAAACCAGAUAUGAGUAUCGACGAUAUGAUAUCGCAGGCAUUUAUCUUCUUCUUUGGCGGUUUUGAUAGCACUUCGACCUUGAUGUGCUUCGCCGCUCAUGAAAUUGCGAUAAAUCCCAAUGUACAAGAGGCACUUCAAAAUGAGAUCGACAAAGUUUUGGAAGAGACAAACGGGCAAGGAACGUACGAAGCCAUCAAUAAUAUGGAAUACCUGGACGCUGUGAUCAAUGAGGCACUCAGGAUAUAUCCGGUUGCUGUGGCGAUGGACAGGUUGUGCUUGGAGGACUACGAACUACCACCGACAUUGCCAGGGACAAAACCUUUUACUUUAAAAAAAGGAGAAGGCGUAUGGAUACCGGUUUAUGGGCUUCAUCACGAUCCCAAGUACUUCGAAGAGCCGGAGAAGUUCGAUCCGGAGCGGUUUCUCGGAGAACGGAAGAAAAGUAGCCUUAAUUGUGGAGCGUACAUUCCUUUUGGUUUGGGUCCCAGAAUGUGUAUCGGCAACAGAUUCGCAUUGUUGGAGACGAAAGCGCUGCUCUUUCACCUGUUGGCACGUUGCGAAUUGAAACCAUGCGAAAAGACAUCAAUACCGCUCAAACUUGCUAAAGAUGGCUUCAAUAUGAAGGCUGAAGGUGGUUUUUGGUUGAACACGUUGCCACGAAAAAACGUACAUCCCACUAUUGCGAGAAAUACUACUAAUGGAACAUCGCACCUAAUGCCGCUUCCCUUAAUUGGGAACAUGGGACCAUCCCUCAUUCGUCGCCAAGCGGUAGCUGAACUUGUCAAAUCGACGUACGACGUAAAUCCUGAUGCCAAGUACGUCGGCAUGUAUGACUUCACCAGACCAAUUAUAAUGAUUCGUGACCCUGAGCUUAUUAAACUCAUCACGUUAAAACAUUUCGACACGUUCAUGGAUCAUCGCGCUUUUGUUGAUGAAACUCAGGAUAUAAUAUUCGGCAAAAGCCUCUUCUCCCUUCGCGGAGACAGAUGGCGACAAGUUCGAGCUUUACUGAGCCCAGCUUUCACGUCCAGCAAGAUGAAAGGUAUGUUCAAGCUGAUGUCGGAGUGCGGGGCCGACUUCGGCACUUACGUGGCCCAAAUGCCACCGGAGAAGAGAAUGAUGGAAAUGAAGGAAGUAUUCAGCAGAUACACUGUUGAUGUAAUCGCUACUUGUGCCUUCGGCGUUACUGUUGAUUCGAUGAGAAAUCCAAACAACGAUUUCUUUGCAUACGGCAGAGAAGUGACCGCUUUCAAUGGUAUCAUGUUUCUUCUGAAGUUCUUUAUAUUCAGGAGUUUGCCUUGGCUGGCACGAAUAAUCGGACUGAAAUUUUUCCGCAAACAAGUAAUGAAUUUCUUCCGCGAUCUCGUCGAAACCACCAUAAAAACUAGAGAUGAGAAGGGUAUCGUCCGACCGGAUAUGCUGCAGUUGAUGAUGGAGAACAGGGGCAAAGAAGGUAAACCAGAUAUGAGUAUCGACGAUAUGAUAUCGCAGGCAUUUAUCUUCUUCUUUGGCGGUUUUGAUAGCACUUCGACCUUGAUGUGCUUCGCCGCUCAUGAAAUUGCGAUAAAUCCCAAUGUACAAGAGGCACUUCAAAAUGAGAUCGACAAAGUUUUGGAAGAGACAAACGGGCAAGGAACGUACGAAGCCAUCAAUAAUAUGGAAUACCUGGACGCUGUGAUCAAUGAGGCACUCAGGAUAUAUCCGGUUGCUGUGGCGAUGGACAGGUUGUGCUUGGAGGACUACGAACUACCACCGACAUUGCCAGGGACAAAAGCUUUUACUUUAAAAAAAGGAGAAGGCAUAUGGAUACCGGUUUAUGGGCUUCAUCACGAUCCCAAGUACUUCGAAGAGCCGGAGAAGUUCGAUCCGGAGCGGUUUCUCGGAGAACGGAAGAAAAGUAGCCUUAAUUGUGGAGCGUACAUUCCUUUUGGUUUGGGUCCCAGAAUGUGUAUCGGCAACAGAUUCGCAUUGUUGGAGACGAAAGCGCUGCUCUUUCACCUGUUGGCACGUUGCGAAUUGAAACCAUGCGAAAAGACAUCAAUACCGCUCAAACUUGCUAAAGAUGGCUUCAAUAUGAAGGCUGAAGGUGGUUUUUGGUUGAACACGUUGCCACGAAAAAACGUACAUCCCACUAUUGCGAGAAAUACUACUAAUGGAACAUGCAAGCUAUGAUACCAAAUACAACAAAUUCAAAAUGAAGCUGAAACAAGGCGUUUUAUUUUUCACUUUCCGAUGCUUUCGAUAAACCUAUAUUGUUGUAAAUUUAAACAAGCGAAA